UUACAAAUUACAUUAUCUUUUCUCUCUCAUUUCUCUCUUCUCAUUUUCUCUUCGGACGAAAAAUUCAAACUAUGGAUAAUAGAGAUAUGGAUAACCAACCAAGCUUUCGUAGUAAUAAGGUUUUAAUACUUGCAGGUGUGUGUCUUCUCUUUGUAUUUGUAGGGAUAUUUUCUAAUCACAAUAACCACAAGACAACCAAAGUUGAAAAUGAGACAACCAAAGUUGAAAUUGAGAUGAUUUGGAAGACAAUUAAAUCUUUUCAUACUCAUAACUUUAUCAACUACGUGAGCAAAAGAGUUGUGCCAAGUACGCCUAACGAACGUCACAACGGGUAUUACCACAUUCCUGAGACUCCUCAAAAGUGAUCUAGGAAGAUGCAAAUGAACUUCGAUUAGACGCCGAUAAAAAGAUAGUGGAGUUCCAAUUCAAGUCUUUGUGUCAAAUUAAACCCAAGUAUGUGGAUGGGAGCGGUAGAGAUUUACUUCGCUUGGAUCCAGAAUUAAGUUGCAGGCGUUCCAUCAUAUGUAAAUAUUAUCAUAUUGAUAAUAUUUAUUAUUAGAAUGUAUAGCUCUGUCCCCCAACUUUGUUUCAUUUUAUCUUUUUUGCUCUGUCUCAUUAAGUUUGUCUCAUGUAUUAUCAUAUUUGAUAAUGUUUGGAUGGUUACAAUUCAUUCUUACUUUAUUCACACUUUAUCAAUUCAAUAUCAACCACAGAAUUUCACGUUUUCCUAAAAGUUGUGUCACACCC